GUUGUGGUGACUUGUUUUUUUGUUGAGAAGUGACAUGGAAAUCCCAUCCGUCGUGCGUGCCAUCCCCUUUCGUCUUCCAUGCUACAGCGGUGGCACGAAAAGUUUCGACCUCAGCGUGGUUUAGUGGGCCUUGAAGGAGAGAAGUGAAAGUGUAAUCACUGCUGGCGACCUCUGCUUCAUCAGCGACAACCCGGCAGCGACAAACCUUAGCAAAAGCCAGUAGCAAAACUCCUCUUGUUCCAGAAUACACCGUUACUAGUACGGCGACGAGAGGUAGGGACUGAGGUAGGCGACUAGAGGAGAACACCAACAAUCAUCACGCACCGCCACAAGAAUUGCGGUUCUCAACACUUAGCAAUCGCGGUUCUCGAGUACGUCUGUGAAGAGUAUGAAGAUUCCUCCUUUACGUGUACGUCUCUGAGUUUGAGAAACUCCUAGAGGAUGGGUGAACAAUGGCAGCAGGGUCCUGUACCCACUUAUGGCUGUUGUUUUUUCUCCCAUUUUACAGACCAUUGCGGCGCCUCCUAUUCAGGAUUUACGUUUUUAGGGGUAAAACGAAAAUCCGGUUUUUAGUGAUGAUGGUCUGGCUACAGGGAACAAACCACAUCCAUAUUACCAAUGCAGGACUCACGCUGCUGCUGCAGCAGCUGCAACAGCAACAGUCAAAUGGAGGUAUGCCCGGGCCCAUGGGAGCGCCGCUGAUGAAUCAGCAGAUAAUGAAUAUACAACCACAGCUUCAUCAACAUGUAAUGUUAUGACGCUGGAUUGCAUUUGCAACUGAACUUCGAAAACUUCGUCGACUGAACUUUUAGAAGCUCGUCACCUGUAGGUUUGUUGUUCACUGUUCGUUGUUUCAUUUUUACUUUGGUCACACGAGCGCGAUCAUGACGCUCUAAAUUUUGAUUCAGGUUGCGCAAUAAAGACAUGGUUAUAUGCAUUUUAUCCUGCCUGGAAAUCACUACUUCUAACCAUUGCCCUCAAUGGAGCAGGUGGCAUGCCUGGGAUGCCUCCUCAACAACAGCUGGGGCAGCCCAAUGACCUCCAACGACAGCAGAUGCUUAGGGAUUCGCCUCUACUGAUACCUUUAGGUGGAAAUCCGAAUCUGUUCAACGGUGCUGUGCCUCCGCCGCCACCACCCGUGCCACUGCCACCGGGAAAUAACAUUAUGAGACAUGAUGGGAAAUAGGACAGGGAUUUUUGCGUCAUUGCCAUCAGAGAUCAUGCAUAUAACAUUAUGUAUAAUUUGGAAGGUGGUUAGUAGAGGAAAUAAGGAUAACGUGACCUAACCAGAUAGGUUAGUAGAGGAGAUUAGACUUCAAGUUGCUCUUGCUGUUGCUGAAUUUGUGUCAGUAGAAUCUGCUUAAAGUUCAUGUUCUCCUCUAACAAACACGGUCUUGGAUUUUUGCCAGGGAACGUUUUGUCUGGGAGCUCAGCAUCAGCGUCGUCUAGGUCAUUGCCCGAAGAAAAUGAACAGCGAUUUAACAACAACAACGGAGGACUUUUAUGAUUUUUGAGAAAAGGCUAAAGUAAGGGACCAGAGAUGCUACGAGACGAAAAGCUGUCAGACUUGGACCUGGUGCUGUCGAGACGAAAAGCUAACAGUCCUAGAAAAUCUCAUUUACUAGACUAGUCCUCUGAAAGCCCUAAUACAACAAGAUCCCGCGGCUCGAUUUCUCGCUGGUCAGCUCGCGGGAUUGCAGCCUGGUCAGCUAGGCGGAGCCGCAAACAACCUCCUAGGGAUACCUCCACAACUCGCGGGCGUGCCUAUGGGCAAUCAGUUUGGAGUUAUGGAUUUCAAGUUGCCAUUACAUUUUUCAACUUUUACCUUUGCUUCCUUUAAUAUUACAGUUGUGCUCUUUUUUGUUUUUCCUGGUUAGGCUGGCUCAACUCUUCAAUCUACAGGAGAGCUGAGUCUCUUUCUCUAGAAUUACUGAUGAGGGUGAACCACCAGGAUUGUGCUCGUCCUUCUACAGGAUUGUGCUUGUGCUUGUACCCAUAGCGCAAUAUUACCCUUCUACUUAUAAGCAAAGGCAGAUGAUUUUCGGAUAUAGAAGAUCUUCCCAACAAGCCACGUCUUGAACCUCAUCUUUCUAAUCAGUGUAACCCAAUAGGUGGCCCAGUUGGUGGGGCGAAUCACUUUUCAGACAGAGCUCUCAGUAUUGCAGCCCAAAACCCUAUACCAGCUGGCGAGUUGGACGCUCUUCAAUCACUUACAUCUGCUGCUCAGGUACAACUGAAUUAUGGGAAGACUCUUCUAUCCUUAAUACCUAGUGUGUUACACAGUUUCUUGAACUUUCUAAGGUUGACAAAGUUAUAUGCUGCAGCUUUGAAAAGUGUAAGUGAUAAGACAAGCAAGACAAUCAAAACCGCUCUACAGGCACAACGAGCUUCUACGGGCGAAAGUCCACCACCGCCACCACCACUAGAUGUAGCGUCAGUUGGAGGCAACGACCCAAUACCAUUAGCAAGUCCGACUCCGAUCAAUACUUUUGUUAUGGAUAGGAAAUGUCCGACUCCGAUUUCUUCAUGAUCAGUUAUAGAAGUGAAAUUACCUAUGCAAUUGCUUGUCUGAAUCAGACUUGCCUGUCUGAAUCAGACUUGCCUGUCUGCAUCAGACAGUCUAACUACUUGGUUUGGGAUUUUUCUACCACCCUCUCGUUUUUCUACUAUUGCACAAACGUAUCUUCAGAGUCAGGGGUUACCAAGCAAAAGUAUUUUUACAUGAGUUCAUAGGGUUUAGAUAUGAAACAUGAUCCUCUAAUUUUCGUAACAACACUGAGCAAUUGAGGUUGCUCACGCAGAUGGCUGGGGGAGUCCCGCCGCCGGUUUCUGCGCCUGACACUCGCGUCACCACACCUGCGCUGGAUACAAGCACGAUUACGACGCCACACUCGCAACAUCAACCUAAUGGCGCUUUCACGAUUAAGGCUUCCCCUAUAAAACUAAUUCUAAUUCAUCUACUGGAGUAAGGCUAGUACUUCCCCUGAUUCAUGAUCUUAGAAGUAGCAGUAAUUCAUCUACUGUUAAGAAGUAGAGGCAUUAUUUGACGUGUUUUCUUUCAAGAGGGAAACACAACAAGUUUCCCCCUUUUCAUCUGCCUGAGAAGCACUUCUCCGUCAGCUACCUUUUCUGUAAGGGAAGGAAGAGGCGUCAGAGAUACCUUUCACGAUGAAUAUUGGUAAGGUCUAACAUGAAUAGCAAGAUGUCAACCGCAGACAUGGCGACGCUAGUUCUCUCUGCAACUGGAAUGCAAAGGCAGCAGCCUAUUACACUUAUGAGACCAACAGACUCUGCAUAGGCACUUAAAUGAAGAUUUCUAGGACUGGAUAGGACAACAUGAUGAUGAACACAAGGCAGUGAGCCUCUCUCCUACCUUCAUACGUUAUGAUUGUUCGAUUUUUUUAGUUUAAAGAAUCAAUAAGCAGAAAGAUUGAGAUCAUUGACAUAAUAUUUGACUUGACCUCUAAGCCAUCUAGCGUCUCAGCAGCGGGAGGAGCAGGCGGCCCCGACGGCUCAUCGCAUAGAGGGGGAGCACGUGGCGAGCACUCGACUCACAAUUAUGGACAGUCUGUGUGCUGUGAACAGCCUUCGUAAUGACAUCGCGUCAUAAUGAGAUUUUAACGUGUUCUCCCAUGUUCCACAGCAAAGUACCUCUUCUAAUCUCUAGUCCCCAACUUCCGAUCAAAAGGUGGCUUCACGGCAGCAAGAAACGACCACCCAUCCGCAACGAAAGGCAGGAGUCAUAAAAUGACCUUAGACACGAAGAAGGAUAUAAAUGACGACCUACGUGCCAGUUACGAGAAGAUGUUCAGGAAAUAUCCGACAACACCAAGUGCACAAGGUGGAGGUGGGGGGAACGUAUUUAUUAUUUGAUAAUGUAUGUGGUACUGGUAGUAAUACUAAUAUCCGUUUCGAAUUUAGUAGGAAGUAGAUGGGCAUCAUGGCCAUGGGAUUUACUCACUAACUUCGUCAAUAUCGUGAUGAAAGAACGUCCAAUACAUGUGAUUUCGGAUCUUUUGAUACUCUCUUAAUCCAAACUGUGAAGAUUUCGAACUAAAAACAUUCUAUGUUGAUUAACACCCAGCCUGAGGCUUAAACCAAUCGAUUUAAACACACCAGGUCGGAAAUGAGCGCGCGCCAAUUAGCAAUAACAAACGAAUUCACGUUCUAGAAAGGGAGAUAGCACAAAUCGCUAGGGAGAAAGACGCAGAACUAUUCGCAUUCAAAGAAAAGGUAAAGGCUCUUACGCUUUUUACUCCGUCAAGGGAAAUUAUUGAUUGUUGUUUUUCAGAGUGCUGGCAUUAAUUUGGAUUAGAGUGAACAUGUUCAGUCGAGGCUCCGGCUUUUGCUCGGGCUGCCUUGGUUUGUUUGCUUGCCCUCUCUUGUCUCUGGCGCAGCUUUCUCUUGCAUUUUGCAAAAGAUGGCGAGACCGGCCAAGUCGAACAACAAGACAGAGCAACAAGACGAAGAAGCCGGCAGUAUGCUCCUCCGAAAGACCCUCCGCCCCGGGGUCAGGGGGUUUAGCAAAUGGCUAGAAGUGUGCGGCAGCAAAACCACGCGCAUCGGCCAGCGCCAUGACUUUCGGAGGGUUGAGGCGGCGCUCCACCCGCGACGAGGAGCGCCAGGGCGAUCAAAGGCAGCGCUUGGCCGUCGCGGGCCAUCCGCGCGGCCAGGCUACUUGGUGACUUGUUGGUCGUGCCCAAGAGCGACCACCAAUUCUCUUUGACCGGAUUUGACGAGUGUUACCACCACAAAGGGCGUGGGAUACAUGCUCUAUGUAACCUGCUACAGAUAGUAAGCCGGGGUCUGUCUUCCGUUUUGGAUCGCAACUAUGACAGCAGCGGCAGCUAUUUGCUGCAAGCAGGUGGCUCUACAAGCUAUGCCUGGUUGGCUGCGUUUAUGUCGUGCUCUUUCUCUGCGUUCUGGUAUGGUAUGCCUGGUUUCUUGAGUUCGUCCAACUUCGGAGACGUGCGCUAUCUUUUGUUGCGCGUGGUUGCUGCCGUCGUGAAUACGUUGCGCACGCUUGACUUCACAGCAAUCGUUGGAAUCACGACCACGCUUCUGCAAAUAGUCGCGCUCUGGAAAUAGUCUGCUAAGAGUAAGACGCAAGUAUGAUCGAGGAGGCAUCAAGAGCAAUGACAAUAGAAACAACCCAAUCAACAGGCGCAAGCUUCAGAGGAGAAGCUGCAGGCGAUCGUGAAGGAUUUAGAAGCGAAGCUACAGGCAUUUCAAAGCACUGGCAAGUUUUCAGAUGCUGAAAAUGGAAGUACCAGUCAAACAUCUACGACCUUUCCAAGCAGCUCCAGCUCUGGUUCCUGGUGCGUUUCUGCGUCUCUUAUGAUUUACACAAGGUAGUGGUAGAGGUUAAAGAAGUAAUAAACAACUACGCUUGCUACAACUACAAUGUUGACAACACUCAUCUUUUGUCUUCCUAAACUAUCCAUUGCUAACUCAAAAGCGGAGUCAGCAGAAGCAGAACUGGCGUCAGAAAGAAAACGAGCGGAUGACCUCCAAGCAGCAGUAGCAAAAUUAGAAGCCAAACUGGCUGAAAGUACCUCACAGAUCGAACGCUUGGCCAGCACCCCACAAGAUCCGGCCAGUUCUAGCGACAGUCUUGUUGCGUAUGACAGGUUGAAUUAUCUUGAUCUUCCUAGUGCUAAACUGUAAGGAAGGUUACUUACACUGUAAAAUGUCGAACAUCUCUUGUUUCAUACUAAUGCAACAGGUUUUUCAUCAGUAAAGAUUGAUCAUUUUCUUUUUGAAGGAUCCCACAAGAUAGCUGAACCAAGUCCCUUUCAUUCCUCCGAGAUGCAGAAUCUCCGGAAGGAGAGAGAACAGCUAGAGGCGCGUGCGUCAAAGGUGGCGAGCGAACUUGAAAAAGCAAAUGAGCAUGCAGAAAUGGCACAACUGCAGGUGGACACAGCAAAAUCUGACGCGGCAGAAGCAAAAGCCGAGACGGAAGCAGCAAAAGCAGAAGCCGAGAGGAUAAAAGCUGAAGUAGAGGUACUGAAGGCAGAAGCAAUAAAAACUUCAGCAGAAGCACGCAACGCAGCAGUGAGUUUACGGCGACACUUCAUUGGACAGCAUUAUUACUGUCUUACUUCCCAUGGUAAUGGUUGCUGUGUUUUAGGUAUCUAAGUACUUAUCUGAUACCACUAUCAUCGUGAAGAUUAUUGGAAUCAACACAGAGUUCUCAUUUUCAAAUGGUCAUAGAUGCUAGAGGAUCACAAAGAAGCUUAGCCAGCGCUAAUGGCUGCAGCAGAAGCAGCAAAGGAUGCAGCUGUAGCAGAGGCUGUGGCGGAGGCGCGCAAGGAAGCGAGUGCAGCACGCGAAGCCGCUUCGGCAGAGAAGCGCGCCAUAGAGGCACAGCGAGACGCUGCAAUAAAACAGAAAGCAGACGCAGAAGCGGCAAAAGAGAUAUGCUGAUGAGAAUUUAGUUGUGAUAGUUUUUUGCUAAAUAACCGAAGUAGAAUAACUGACACUUGCAGUUGUACGUAUGUUUUUAUCUUCUCCAACGAAUCCAGAGGAACCUACUUGGAACCUACUAUACUGUUUUUCCCAACAUGCACCCCAAUGCGAAUCUCUUCUAAGUUCAGCAGCUAUCCAGGAAAAAGCCGCUGCCGAAGCAGCAAAGCAGGCUGCGCUCGAGGAAAAAGCUAGUGCUGAAGCAAAUCUGAGCACAGAAAGGCAGGCCUUGCUUGCAGAAAGAAAAGCUUUGGAGGAAGAAAAGAGGCAAAUAGAGGCCAACGACAAUGACGAACUCUACACGCAGAAAACGAAAAUGGAGUUAGACGUAAUUAUCCUUCAAUUAAUCAUUAUGAUUGAAGAAAACGCUUCUGGUGUCGUGGAUCCAUUUUUGAGCAGAAGCAAGAACUUUCAAUUUGAAUUUUUUUUCAACAACAACGAACACCUACACCAGUUCGAGAAGCGUACAAAGAACAUGCAGACGGAAGCCAAGCGCUUGGAGACAGUGAACAAGAGUCUUCAGAAGCAAAUAGACCGCUUUAAAAGCCAAGAGGACGUUCUCAAAAAGAAAGUGUCGAAAGAAGUUCAACGAGAUUAAGGCUCCUGCUCAUGUGAAUCCCUCUUCAUCGGAUGUAUCUUCGCUAGUUGUACAAGAUGACCACUACUAGAGACGUAUGAUGAUGAUGUAGUGAGUCACUAUCAGGAUCAUAGUAGACUCAUUUGCGCCGGUAGGUGCAGCAAACCUAUUUAGGAUGCACAGAAUAGAACGCCUAGACUUACCUGUUGUGCAUGUCAAUGUCAUUCAUCUUCUUCAGGUUGUUCUUCAACAGAACUUUCUUGGUCCUCCUCUAAUUCUGGAAGGAAACUGCGGAAAGGAAGAUGACCGCGAAGGAGAAGGAGGUCUCAGCCCUGAAAGACAAAAUCAAUUUAUGGUCUUGGCCCAAGAUCGAUAUCAUUAAGACCCCCCUGCGCUCCUCGCGUCAAACUAUACCUCAAGAACAGGCAAACGAAUGAACGAAUAGACAUUUUUAACAAAGAUAAAGAGUAGGUAACUUUGCAGACCAAAGAUAUACGUAGAUAGCCUCUGAGGUCGUGGAUUGACUCGUCUAGGGGUUCUACUGAUUCAAGAGUCCUCUUGACAUAUCUAGACCUUCCUUAUUUUCUUCGCCCUGAUACAAAAAUCGCUCUGACACUCCUCGUGUAGUAGAGCUUCCUACUCUGCACUACAACAACUACAUGACCCCUCGUCUAGUAGAUUUAUUUUCCUAGACCUAGGCAUUAUGCCCUUCUUGGUCAAUCCUCCACUAGAUACAUAAAAGAAAAUUUUCAUCUCCAAUUAUCCAUCCUCCUCGUCUAAUUCUCAACCUCGAAGCCGAACUACAGGCUAGCUCCUUCAAGCAUCAGGGAAUGGGUCUGUACCCUGUGGUCCCCUACGGAGCUCCAGCCCUGACCUUCGCCACGUCAUCACGAGCCGGCUUCACCACGUUCGGAGGUUUACGGCAAUUUAUUAUAGUCUGGUAAAAGUAAUAAAUAUGCACCACGUUGAACCACGAUACGGACACAAACAUGGCAACAAGAGAUGAAGACACUGAAGACACUCAUUUGUUGAACAAGACACCCUGUUGCAGUGUCGAGUUAUUUAUUUAUUUUCGACAUCUUCUAAUUUGGGGGCAACAAGUAGACAGAGGUAUUCAGGGUUCGCAACAGCAAGCAGCCAUCGAACAUAGCUUAAGGCAAAUUCGGAAAAAUGAGUAGGUAAAUGAAAUAGAACAAAGAUUUUCAACAGGUUUGGUUUUGGUAGGGUUCUCUCAAUUUAGAGAUGAGCUUGCGCGACCACAACUAGAUGAGCUUGCUCGUCCGAAGAGAAGGUGCCUGAUAUAAAAACUCUACUGGCCUUAAGCUAACAUAGCUUUCCAGGGAAUCUGUUUACGUAGUUCAGACAACAGUGGCUAUCUUAAAGGAAAAGGAGCUAGCCACUCUGCCAAAGGCAAGGGGGUUUUAAGGACAGAUUAAAGGCAGGGGAAUCAAUGAUCCACCGUAGCAUCACGUCGGAUAGUUGUUUAAGCCCUUUCGCUUUAAGUAACCGAAUGACCCAGGACCAAGAUGUAAAACGAGUGAGGGAGGACGCGCGCUUGCAUGAUGAAGUGGAGAGAAAUAGGGCAGAAGCAGAACGUAGAGCAAAGCAACUGUCAAUGGAAAGGAAGUACUUGUCACUCUAGUUUUGAUUUUUGAUUGUGAGUGAAGCGACGCAGCUUGUUAAAGCACAAAAAAGAAAAAUACGCGGUUAAGCUCAAGUUUCCCUCAGUUUUACCGUAGUAGAUUAGUCGGUCCCUGCAAUCGACUGUAAGUGAAGGACCUUUUGUUGCCGAUGGAACGCAAGGAAGUUUUUCUUUGUUAAUAUUUUUGAAUUUGCAAUCUUUCUUUUCUUCUCUCAAAACAGCGAGCACGCACAACGAGAGCGAGAGUUGAAAUCAGAGGCUGCUGACGCGAAGGAAUCUCUACGACAGAAGGAGUCCGAAAACGACGACUUGUAUUCCAAGACCGCGAAAUUAGAUUAUGGCUUCAUUUUUUGUUUACCCUUAAAUGCAGAGGGAGAGGACGUAGAGGACCAUAUUCCCUGUCAAUGAAUACUUCUCCUCGUCUAAGUCUAAGUGCUAGCACAUUCAUUAAAACGAUAAUUUUACUCUGCUUUUUGUUCUAAUCACUAGACCAGUCUUAGCUAGUCAGUUGAACAGUCAUAGAACAAAUAGUACUUAACAACUACUUUUAUUGUACCAGCAACAAGGUUCUACUUCUAACCAAAAGCAGAACUUAGGGAGGCUCGUUCGGAGAACGAAUUCUAUCGGAAGCAAGUAGUCCCGACGACUGACGCCACCAAGGAAGAGUUUCUUAAGAAAACGACCGAAUCUCCACCAUCCCGUUAUGGCAUUCGAUGUGAAAAUGUCUUGAUAUCAUGAAUGAUGUCUUCUCUUGAAGUUUCUUGAUGAGAAUUAUUAUUCCAUGUGAUGAAGAUGAUUCAUUUUCUGAGAAGGUUUCUUCUUCUUAUAGGUCCUGGUCUUCACAGGUUUCCUCAGUCAGAGAAGUUUUUUGUCUUCCAGCUUUGUUUCUCAACGAGCUUUAAUUACCAGAAUGCAUUGCACUAUCGCAAUGUUGAAAAUGAAUCAUCUUGUUCAUGGCCAUGAUCUUCUUUAUAUGCAUUGUCUCUGUGAAUCCCUCUAAUAAUCGCCUAAACAAGAGCAAAAAAAGAAAGGGCCAAAGAAGAGAGGUAGUCCCAUGGCCUCUCCCUGUCUUCUAGGAGACAACGGUUGCCUCCUUUUCUAGGUUAUUAUGCUCUGCAUGUGUCGUGACCUCGUCCCUUCAAGCCCGAUCUUCUCUCCCACAGACACCAACAACUUUUUUGAACUUCUUGGGGAGUGUCCAACUAUUACACCACGAAUAGCCACAUGAAUCUGUCACACGGAUAGCCACGACGCUUCUACCUCCAGGAACAAUGAAGCAAGUAUACUAUGUAUAAAAGAUACCUCCAGAACAGGUAAAUGAACGAAUGAAUGAAGUUGAUAAAACGUACUACAAUCAAGUGCAACGUCUUUCAGUACUUACGGGGGAAAAGAAAACUUCGGGCACGUUGGAUUUCAGGCUCGUAAAAAAAGCUGAAGUUCCUACCAUCAGGUGUUAGAAAAAAUUAUUGAGUGCAUGGUGUUAGCAGAAGAUACUCCAUCACGCCAUUAAAAUCAAAUACAAUUAUCAUGCCCUUUCUUCACUUUGCACCUCUAAUCUUCGCGCUGAGCUGGAACGAGCGAAGUGUUCCUUACAGUCCCGAGACGCGCAGAUACUGGAGUUGAACAAAAAGGUGAGCCAACUUCGAUGGGAAGCCGAAUGCAACAUUAAGGCUACUGCUAAUCGAAAUUUUUUUGUUCUAUUGAAUAGGGUAGUAGAGACCUAGGUAGCUACCACCGCUAACUAUAGCAAGAAGAUGAGCAUGAGAUUCUGAUUCUCUCAUGGAAGAUGAAAUUCUGAUUCCUAACGAGCCGUAUCUUCAAGGGGCUUCUGUAGUGACCUUUCAAGAACCGUCUCUAUAAAUAGACGAUGAGCUACCGCUAGUCCAUCCCUAUAAAUGAUUGAGACCCCUCAAGAGGCGUAUCUUCAAGGCGAUAGUGUCUUGACGGAUCUCCAUAAGGAUUGAGGGAUCUCCACAGAGAUGAACUGCAAGGGAUAGCGCUAACAACGAGGCGGAGAAAAAGGAGGAAGCAGCGGUGGCUGUUGCCUGAGCCUCUAGUUGAAAUUGAAAUCGCGUCCGUCUGUGGAUGGCAUUUGAUGAAAGGAGAAUACAACUAAGCAAGUAAAUUCGAGGAUAGUACUUUACUCGGUUAUUUCAGUUUUUCGAAUACCUUUUCUUUUUCACCGCCGCAACUCAGCCGCAACUAGUGCUAUCAUGUCACCGCCGCAACUCAGCCGCAACUACUAGUGCUUGUCACGCACCUUUCGUAUAUGACAAUACUCGUUGAUGUCGACACCACGAGAAAGGACAUCCCGUGGUGCGCGUAACGACCUCGGGUACUAGGGAAAUAAGUACUGACAUGUGGCCUUCAGUACUACUUUGAGUUUAUACGCUCUCAGUGUCAACACCGCAUGCACAACUACAUGUUGUUCAUGCUGUUGUUUGUUUGUCGUCUCUGAGAGGGGACACUUAGAAGAUUUAAAAAUAUGACAUUUUUUUUACGUACAAAUCAAUGGCUCACUCUAACUCACUUCAUUAAAAAAUACGAACAAAUAUGAGCAUUCUUGCCAAGAAUGUGAUAUGAAGAAUCUUCAAUCACGUAUAUGUCUGCCAAUUAGAGUGAGAUCUUUCAUGUAUACAAUUUAACUACAUCAAAAUUUUUUCAUUCGAGUUACGAACUACAUGGGUCGCAAUUGUAGUGUAACUGUGGGCUGAAAGUGCUUCUCAUUUAGAAAUAUUUUUUUUCCGAAGGAUAAGUACUCCUUACCAGAGAAAUCCGUAGAACUCAGAGGAGAUCCAGGGAGGUCGUAGGUCCAACCCGAACCGACUAACAUCGUCAUCAAUGUUGAGAAGCACUUAUCCUUCGAUCUUGUUCCCGUAGAUAGUUAUACCCAUAGGACAAUAGCAGGGCUUGUUCACGUAGAUACUUAUACCUAUAGCUAGGACAAUACAUAGCAGGGCGGAUUCUUUCAUUAGUUUCGCUUCGAUCUAGAGUCUCAUCAUAUAUUUAGAAUGAAGCAACUACUAUGAAGGGCACAACAAAUAACUACUAUCAACAUUCUUUCCAUCACCAAGAAUACCGUUACCAUUGAUUAUCUAAUAUAAAUAUAUCUCACAUUAUAAGUAUAUGAUCCCCACAAAAUUUAGAUUUAGAAUGACAUUCUUCUGUAUUUUUCACGCUAUGAUCCUUGUCAUUGCUUUGACGCUACUAGGGCGUCGGAGAUGAUCUUCUCUCGUCCGCCACCUCCGGGUCAUAAUCUUUAUUAUUUAUCUGAGUUCUUCACAACGACCACGAAGUCAAUUUUGUCAAAGACAUAGUUCAACAUCCAAUAGUAAAAAUUUCUAUUGAUCCCACGCGUGAAGUGCAGGGCUGAGGUUGCAGACCCGUGGUUACAAUCUAAAUUCUCAGUAAAAGAGGCAGGCUUACAGCCAUGCGGAGGGUGAGUCAAUUCCUAUCCUAUCUCGCUGACAUACGAUACUAACGGUAUACCUUCUGUGGCUGCAGGUAUUCGCUCGAGGGUACUACAGGUGUCCCCUAUUAUUUUUUCCUAUUUUUUCAUUCGGCUUAUUCUUGUACGAUUCCCGAAUCGAUGACUCAAUUCAUCGUGCAUAGUAGAUUAUAGGACAUCACGUUAUUAGUUCAUCACUAUGACCACGAUCACAUUCGUGUAUUCCCCCGGACUGGCUUAAAACAGGCUUAAAACCGUGGUGGAAGGACCGAACCGUACAAGCUUCACCUGUCGAAGGUGAGCCACAAGGCCUAGGAUGAGACAUGAGAGAAUUUUUAAGUUGUAAUUAGAAGCCUCCGCCUAUGUAGAAAUUGAAAUAGAAGCCCACUCAUCAUCAUUGUCUAAAACGUAGUAAGAUCUUUUUUUGGCAGGCCAAUAUUGAGAAUUAACAUUUCAAGGACAUCAUUCAAUCUUAAGUGGAAAAGAACAAAGAAGUACUUUUACUCAUACACUGUCCAACUCAGCUCCUUGAGUUGCUAUUUGAAGAUUCUGUAUCAAUUUAGUUUGAGGCUGCUAAAGACUUUUAUCAGGAAGCGAGAGCUUUCCCGCAGGUAAAAUCCUCCCUACGAAAGCUCAUUUUUUUCUUUCAAUGGUAUGUAGCUCCAAUCUUUUUCCUUAUGGUGGAAAAUGUCGUUGGUUUUCUUAUCUACCAAUGCCAUGCCGAUGGUGUCACGACAGCCAGGACCUGGAACGAUUUGAUGUUUUCAUCUUUUCGAACUCAACUGAAAGGACAGCACUGCACUCCGGAAACUCCAUAUUUAUAGAGGUUGUCGGAAAAAUUCACUUUUUGUCAUGAGAAUCAAAUUUCCAAGCUAUUAUGAUGUUGACGAUCUUCUUUUUCCUUCAACUUCAUCGGUUGCAGGGAUACAGACAAGAGUGGUG